AUGACUCUACGUGUGUUAGAAAUUAUAUUUUUCUUCUAUUUCGCCACUCAUAUUCCUAUCACUUUAUUCAUUGACUUGCAAGCGCUGCUGCCUGGACAUGUGUAUCCUCUGCCGGUAAGUGCCAGCACCAUAGGCAAAUAAGGACUAAACUUCAGUCUCCAGUUAUUUUAGGUCAACUUUCACACUCAUUGAAUGUGUCUGUCUGCAGAUGAAAGAUCUUUUGGAGUGGUACGCAGAGAAGUUUAAAGACCCGAUGGUUCUGGAUCCCCCUGAGUGGUUCAAGUCUUUUGUUUUUUGCGAGGCUUUGGUUCAAUUGCCCUUCUUUCCCAUCGCAGCAUAUGCCUUCCUUAAAGGUCAGUAAUAGUGGCAUAAAAAGUCAUGGUAAUAGCAUAUGUGUCCACUUCGUCAACUGACGAUCUCACCAGACGUCCUUCAAAAGUCGUGCUAUUUAGAGCUUUUACGCUCUUUUAUAAAGAAAACGGGGUCAUCGACAUAAGUAAACAUCCUUUGGGAAAUGUUUUAGACAUAUUUUUAAUUUCGGCAUUAAUAGAUUAAGCGUAUUUACUUACUCUUUCUGUAUAAGUUUGUUUAGAUACACUGAAUCCCUUAAACUCUAAGAGAAAACAAAACCAGACAGGGUAUUUUUGUCAUGGGAGAUGGUCUUAGAAACACAAAGAUAGACUUGUAUGAUUUAAGGGUUGACACUUGGCUCAUUAUCUACGUAUUUUUGUAUCUUCUUUAGAGUUGAACGAGUCUGUUUAAAGCCGAAAGUUUUACUAUAGGAGUUUGGUGGGUCACUUCCUUGUCCUGGCAAACAGACACUAGCUCAACCCUGACCUCUGUAGGACAGUUAUGAGAUAAAUUAGAUGUAAAACUUCUCCAAAUUUGACCCUUGCUGUUGUGAAAAAUAUGAAAACUGCAUUAAACCUUAUGUAAAGAACUCUUCCACUUUCUCAUAACUGUUUUAUCAAAUGUUAUUUCCGUUAGGUGGCUGUAAGUGGAUCAGGACUCCCGCCAUUGUUUACUCCACACAUGUUGCCACCACACUGGUCCCAAUCCUGGCUCACAUCCUCUUCUAUCAGUUCCCCCUGAAACCCCACCCUGGACCCCAGACCCUGCAGGAACGGUGGUUUCUAGUCUCUAUUUAUGCUCCAUACCUGCUAAUACCUGUGCUGCUGCUCCUCACUAUGCUGUUCUCCCCUUCUUACAACUCCAAAAACAAAGCCAAGAAGGCGUGA